CAUGCGCUCGGGACAGAGGCCUGGCGGAAGCCAAGAUGGCGUACGAGUGGUCGCCUGGCCGCAGUUGGCGCCUUGUCAGUAUCUGAGAGGGGUGUUUGGGAAGGGGUUGUGGAAAACUCCCGUUCGCCGCCAUGGCCCGACAUCGGAACGUCAGAGGCUAUAAUUAUGAUGAAGAUUUUGAAGAUGAUGAUCUAUAUGGUCAGUCUGUGGAGGAUGACUACUGUAUUUCUCCAUCAACAGCUGCUCAGUUUAUUUACUCACGACGUGACGAACCUUCAGUUGCUGAACCUGUAGAAGACUAUGAUUAUGAAGAUCUGAAACAACCUUCCAACUCUGUUUUAAGCCAUCAGCUAAGUGAAAUUGAUCAAGCUCGUCUUUACUCAUGCCUUGAUCACAUGAGAGAGGUACUUGGAGAUGCUGUGCCAGAGGAAAUACUGAUUGAGGCGGUACUGAAAAAUAAGUUUGAUGUACAGAAGGCUUUGUCAGUGGUUCUAGAACAAGAUAACCUGCCAAAUUUGAAGGACAAGAGUGAUGGAGUAGUAUCUUCAGGAAAGACAGCAAAAGGAGUCUUAUUUUCUUCCUCUGAAGUUUCAGCCAAUAAUACUCAAAAUUCUUACUGUCAAUCAGGAAAGCAUUUGAAUUGCAGUAGCAGAUCCUUUGAUUUAUCUAGUUCAGUAGCAAAAUAUGGAGUGUAUCAUAAGCCUUCAAUGGUACCAAGUCACUAUUUACCCCACAGAAAACAGAAACUUGAAAGACCCCAAAGUGAAAAGAAACUAGAAUCAUGUAAGUUAACAAGAGAGCUUUCAGUAGCUGACUUAAUUCAUAAUACACCGAGAGAUUUGUGCACAAGUCAGCCGCCAGUCAGAUUAUCAUCCAAAGAUAGUUUGGAAAAUCUGCUUUCAAAAAAUUCACAUGCUAAUUUGUUGAGCCAUCAAGUAUCGGAAUGUGUUUCCAAAGAUGAUUCUGCAUUCAGAGGAAUACCAGACUUACAGUCAUUAAUGAUAAAGAACACACCACCUAAUAACUCAAAUAAUUUACCACCUGAUUUCCAAAACAUUCCAGAACAAAGGAAUUUAGCAAGUUUAAAUAAUCAUAUACAGUUAACUAGCUCAUUGGAAAAUAUGACUCUUGAUAAUCUAAAUACUGAUAAAGAGACUGAGCUUGGAAGUGUUUCUUUGGUUGGGCCAAGUGCCAAGAAUCACAUUUUAAAAAAGGACAGUUCACAGUUGUCCCAGCAUGGAAGUACAUCCCUGGCUGAACUGUUUCAGGAACAUCAAGAGACCAGUCCAAGUCAAUGUUUAACUUUAUCUGAUCUUUGUAGCCAGCACUCAUCUUCCAGUUUCUCAGAUUUAAGUUUGGGAUCCUUUCCCUUGUCACAGUUGGCAAACCACUGUCAGUCUUCAACUGAAAUAUCAGAGUUAUCAGGAUCUCUGUCAUCUUUGGCAUUUCAUAAAACUUCUCCUGCAAGAGACCUUGAGAAUUUGUCACUUUCUGAUUUGAUUGCAGAAACAAUUGCUGUAGACAGCUCUCAGAUUAAGAAAGAUUCUUUGGAGCGAGGUUCAUCUGAAAUGAAAUCUCCUGGGAUAAAUUCAAAUAUUGAUCUUAGUGUCCUUAUAAAAACAUCAGAUUUUGUUCCAAAGCCUGUGGUAGAUGAAUUAGUUCCUCCAACAUCAGGAACCAAAGUUUUAAGUUCAAGGGUAGGGAAAAAUUCCAGUUCCACUAAGGAUGUUAAGAAAAACGAAAAAGGCUCUCUGAGUAGAAGAACACCAUUUUCCGUUUCUUGGACCAAGGCCCUUGCUGCUAGACCUUCAGCUUUUGCUUCAACACUGUGUCUUCGUUACCCACUGAAAGGCCACAAGCGACGUGCCAUUGACCUCUACAAGACUUUUCUUUAUAGUAGACAGGUCCAGGAUGUAAAGGACAAAGAAAUAAGUCCUCUGGUAGCAAUAACACCAUUUGACUUCAAAUCACCAUCUCCUGAUGACAUUGUAAAAGCUCAUCAAAAGCAAGCAUUUACUAGAGAAUAGUAACAAAAGGAAAAUCUCAUCAUUGUUGUAGAGCUUUUUAUUUAACAUUAAUGUAGUCUUUAUAGGAUCACUUCAUAUUAUGGGAUUCAAGUUGUGAAUUUUAUAUUAAAAUUAUCUUAGGUCAGUUGAUAAUAUGUUUUUGCACUGAAAUGAUUGUUUUUACUCUUGUUUGGUAAUAAUUGUCUAACUUGUUAGCCUUUAAUGAGUGUAUGUUUACAAAGGGCAUAUGAACACUUGAUAUUGUGAAAUCAGACCUCAGAUAUUUUUGUUUGAUAUUCAAUUUGUAAGUUUUAAAAUGAGCUAUUUUCCUCUAUGCAGUAUUUUUGUGCUUUAUUCUUUAUAAAAAAAGCCAACAUGAGAUUAUUAUAGUUUAGUAUGAGGGUUAUCUUAUGUGUGGUAUAGCAUAGCUGAGAUAGAAUUAUAUUUUAAAAGUAUUGUUGACAUCAUUCCCAGUAUCAUUAUUUUUCUGUAGGUGAAUACAAAAAUUUUUCUAUUAGAAAAAUCUUUAAAUUCCUGACUUAAGAAUACCGUGGAGGCUGUUGAAAUACAUUUUUGAUGAAAAUAAAAUGAAAAUCUUUUAAGGGACCAUGUAAAUAUCGAAGUUGGAUUUAUACAGAAAUUAUUUUUAUACAUUUUUGGGAUGGUUUGUCAUAAGUGUGUAUUUUAAAAUAAAUACAUACAAAGUGUUUUCCAGUAUGGCUGCAUUUUGUUUGGAUAGAUAAUCUUACCAAGUAUCUUUAGCUUUCUUUUUUACAUUAAGCAAUGAAAGGUGAAAUUCUCCUUUUUGCUACAGAUGGCUGUGUGCUCUGCAAUGGUAGUUUCAGAUUGGCCAGAUCAAAUAAGAGCUCUUCAAGUUUGUAGAAUAAUAUAUUUCAUUUGUGUCUUAGACUUAAAGAACUUGUCCACAACAAGCAUUCAGCAGGGGGAAGGGAAUGUUAUCAGAAUACAGGUGCUGUGGUUUCACUAGGCCUGCUGACAGUCCUUGAGUGUGUACGUUCACAAUGAUCGCCAGGUAGUGCCGAUGUGUACUUAUGUUGGAAGUACUGCUUUAGAGAAGGAAACCACUGGAGUGAAAUUAGUAAUGCUAAGAAUAAAGCAAGAUUCAUAAUUAUAGAAUUUAGGAAUACCAAAGAAAGUUGCUAAUUAGGGAUUAUGAUCUUUUGCAUAAAAUGAUGCAGAUAUUAAUAGUUCUUGCCAAAAAAUAUUUCUUAACUGAAAAUGAAACAGCCUUUUCCCAGCAAAGAAAUAUUUUUCUCUGGCAGCUGUGUCAUUAUGCAUUUCAUUUGUUUUUGACAUUCCUUCUGGUUUUUAGAAUAACAUUUCAAUAAUCUUAGCCCUGUUUUAUGUUUUUGUAUUUAGCAUUCUGCUGGAAAAAGAGGGCUCAGUGUGUCUUCAUUAUUCUUGACCAAGCACUUCUUGAUUUUCUGUGAUGUCUUCAGAUUUUGUUUGUAAUUGCUAUUUCCAAACACGUAAUACUGAUGAUAAAGAGAUUGUAAAAAUAACAAGCUGUAUUUUAUGAUCGAUUUUAAAACUUGAAUUACCCCAGCUGCUGAAUUUGUUUUUUUAAUCUUGAGCGUUGAUCAGACAUUUUGGUAAUUUUGAGCUAUUAGUAUGUGUCUCAUCUACUAGAUUUAUAUAUAUACAGGCUCUUAUUUUGAAGUGGAUUGUAUCCUAAGAGUUUGUAACUGACAAUAAUUCUUGGCAGAUUAAGUGCCAUGUAAGUGGUCACUUUGCACAUGACUCCACAAUAUUUACUUAUUCCUUAUUGAAGUUGAUUAGAGGUAUUAUUUUACCUUCUUGUAACAAACAGAUUUUUAAGUGGAAAUAAACUAGUAUUUAAGCCAUGUAA